AUGGAUCAGUCUGUCCAAACACUGGAACUGCCUCCAUUGAUGGCCUGUUACGUGACAAUUACGGUUCCUGGCUAUGUGGCUUUAAUCAUGCAAUUAGAGUCUCAACUCCUCUUCAAGUUGAACUCUAGGUCAUAUAUGAUGGUCUCUACCUUGCUUGGAAUCUUGGUUUUGAAUUUGUGCAUGUUCAAUCCGACUAUUUGCGAACUAGAGCGGCCAUCAAUGACACUCAAUAAGCAUUCAACAAAGCGAGGAGAAGCAAUCAGAGCUAUGUCCAUGGAAUCCCUUUGUCCCUCACUGGCAGUCCCCGCCAUUUCUCUUUCUCUCAGUAAAUCACACAAAUCAUUGCCCCAAAUAGCUAAAACCAGAUUUCCCAUUGGCGUACAGAGCCACUUCAACCUUUCCUUAUCCAAUUCUUGUAUUUCUUCAUCUAAAACUCCAAUCACAGCUUCAUCUUUCUCUGUUUCUUCUUCUUCUUCUUCUUCUUCUUCUUCAACAAAAACAACAAGAAGAAGGAUUCAUGACGGCCACUGGAUGGUGCUAAUGGCUAAGCCCCCAGAAGGUGUCGAUUCCAAGCCCCAAAUCAUUGAUUACUACGUCAACACUCUCGAAACAGUUUUGGGGUCCCAAAAAGAUGCUCAGAUGUGUAUAUACGAUGCUUCUUGUGAUACCCACUUUGGGUUUUGCUGCCAUAUCGACGAACAAGCCUCCCGUGAACUUGCUCGUUUACCUGAGGUUUUAUCUGUUAAGCCAGACCCAGAUUACAAUUCUAAGCAAAAAGAUUACAAUUCACAGUUGUUUCCUGCUGGGAACACCAAACACUGGCUUGUUCGAAUGGAUAAGCCUGGAAUUGGGGUUGUCACAAAAGCACAAAUGGUUGAUUAUUAUGCUCAAAUACUCACCAAAGUGUUGGGAAAUGAAAUGGAUGCUCAAAUGUGCAUAUACCAUGUAUCUUGGCAAUCCCAGUUUGGUUUCUGUUGUGAACUUGACGAAGAAUGCGCGAACGAACUAGCUGGCGUGCCUGGAGUUUUAUCUGUUGAGCUAGAUAGGAAUUUCGAGUCGGAGAACAAAGACUAUGGAGGUAGUAGUUCACAAAAUUCUACGAGUCUGCCAGAGGCUUCAGAACCUAGUGAAACUACCUCAGUAAGAACAAAGAAACUUUUCAUAACAGGACUAUCAUUUUACACAUCUGAGAAGACAUUACGUUCACAUUUCGAAGGUUUCGGUGAGCUUGUUGAAGUUAAAAUCAUAAUGGACAAGAUCUCUAAAAGAUCUAAAGGGUAUGCAUUUGUGGAAUACACCACAGAGGAGGCUGCGAGUGCUGCACUUAAGGAGAUGAAUGGCAAGAUCAUAAAUGGGUGGAUGAUAGUUGUUGAUGUUGCCAAGACUAAACCACCACACAACUUCAGCAAAGAUCGACCAAAAAUGACAGUCUGACCAGAAAGAAAAGAAAGUUGAAGCAAAUGCCCCUUUUCAGCAUCGAUGAGAAUUUUGCAGGACUGCCGGAAUUUGGUACAUCAAUGUUACUAGAAACUAUACACAUAUAUGCCUAUCUUUUGUUCCCAGUUCAUUUAGGAUUGCUAUCUGAGUUAUGAGAGCAUCCUUUGGGAUGUGUAUAGGGAACCAAAUUGGUCCGUUUCAUGAAAAUAGCAUUUUAUGUUGUAGCAAUUAUAU